UGAAUGCCCAUGGGAAAGGGGAACCCCCACAGGCCACAAUCAUGUGUGUAGAAUGUACCAACCACAAAAUUUAAUUCUGUAUGUCUUAAUUUUCUGAAAUACAACCAUAUUUUAUUUGUUUAUAUAUAUAUCUCUGUCUUUGUAUUUCAUCACAUCAAUCUACACAAAAUGAUAUCAGCUAGCCGGUGGUCAUGGUGGUCGGAACUAAUAACCAGCAAGAAAGACGACCUCACUUUCCAAUUACUUAUCUUUUCAGUCAUCUCCUUGUCUGUUUUUUGGUACAUAUUCAGGAAGGCCACAUUCCGGUUGCCGCCGGGACCUCGUGGCUUGCCGGUGCUGGUAUACCUUCCAUUUCUCAGCCCCGACUUGCACCAUGAAUUCACCAAAUUGGGUCAACGUUAUGGCCCCAUCUUUAAACUCCAGCUCGGAAGUAAGACCUACAUCAUCGUCAGCUCGUCGGAUCUUGCUAAAGAAGUGGUGCGUGUGCAGGACGAUGCUUUUGCUAACCGAGACCCUCCGGUGGCAGGGGUUGUCGUCACAUACGGUGGCAUAGAUAUCGUCUGGUCCGAUAACAACUCAUACUGGCGUAACCUGCGUAAAGUGUUCGUCUCCGAAGUCCUGAGCCACAAGAACCUUGAAGCUUCUCGCUCUUUCCGGCGACUGGAGUCAGAAAAAUUAUCAAGCACGUGUACGAAGCGAUGGGGAAUGAGGUCGACGUCGGCGGGAUCGCGUUCACGUCAUCACUUAGUGUCGUAACCAGCAUGAUCUGGGGGAAAAGUUUGGAUGAAAACGAAGAAAGCAGUAAUCUUGGGGUUGGGUUCCGGGAAGUUAUUACUAAGAUUGUGGAGCUUAUCGGAGCAGCGAACGUGUCGGACUUUUUUCCGGUACUCUCGAGAUUCGAUUUACAGGGUGUGGAACGAACAAUGAAGCAACAAUUGCACAAGGUUGAUGAGAUUUUUCAGACGAUUAUUGAGGAUAGAAUGAGUGUUAAACCUGAAGAAUCAGUAGAACAACAGGGAAGAAAGGAUUUAUUGCAGAUUUUACUAGAGCAUAAACAAAAAGACAAUACAUCAACUUUCAGUAUUAAUCAAAUUAAAGCCCUUUUCAUGGACAUUGUUGCUGGAGGAACAGACACAACAUCAACCAUGGCGGAAUGGACAAUGGCGGAGCUUUGA